AUGUCUGCAAUCAAAGAACUUGUCGAAAGGAAGGUUAAACGAGGCCCGUAUGCACACCAUGAGCUUAUCAUAUGCCCAGGCUAUUCUAAUACGGGCAAUGCAAGCACUAACACGAAGGGAAGUGCCGCUGCUUCCGAUACCCGCAGCAACAGUCUCCCAGGUGUGGGUUCAAAGGGACAUCGCUGUUGGUUAUGCGCCUCUUUGGUAAAACCGAUCGAACCGCAGGAGGUGCUGCUCUGUUUUCGAUGCCUUCGCGUAGCUUUUCUUGACAUAAUUAUGCCUCUCGUUGACAGCCCGGAGAGGCGGAAAGCUGAUGCCAAGUUUAUUUCGAAGAUUAGCCGAGUAAAAGACACUGAAGGGACGACCCCGUUAGUGCCCAAGCUUCCAACUGUGGUGUCAGCGACCCCCCCAGCGGCAAAUGAGGUACAAUCCACGAAUCACGUAUCCCAGUCGAGGUCCACAUUGCCAUCCGAUCCGUCCGGUCGCACUCAGUUGGCCAAUGAUAGCGGUCUUGGACGAGGUGUUGAUUCCCACCGGUGUAGCAGCGCCUGGGCGCACCGCAGAUGCAUUGAAGUGGGGGACCAAGGAACCCCUGCGGGCAAUGGCCACGAUGAGCUAACUGUCAAGUGUCCUGUUUGCCACGCUACGUGCAGCGCGACUGACAAGCGACUAACACGUUGUUUGGAUGGCAAAACGGUGCACCUCAUUUGGGUUUGUUCCAUGUGCAACACGACCAAUACACAAAAUAGUGAUGAAUGUCAUAGCUGCAAGGCGCCAUUUGUGUGGCCGUGUUUGCAAUGCGGUCUCACGCAGGAAUCACCGUGCUGUGGAGAUGAGCUUCGCAUGUGUGUUGAAUGUGAGGCUCUGAACACACCAGCAGAUAUACUUGCGUCACUGAAGCGAGCGUGUCUGGGCGGGGAGGGGGGCUAUGCGGAAACGGAUGGGGAUCUCGGGUUGGAUGACGAGGGAAAUGAUGGUACGGCGGGCGACGCGGAUCUGGUGGGUUCGGUGUUUGGUGUGAAUGACCUCGACACCGUAGCAGAGAAGGCUCGCCAGCGGGAGAUUGUGGAGGGUCGUGCUCGGCUUCAGCGGCGUAUGCGCCGGCUCGGUGUGGAAGCAAAUGUUCAAGAAUCCGAUGGGAACUGCCUGUUCCGUUCGCUUGCAACUCAACUACUCGGUGACCCCGGUGCUCACAUGACAAUUCGCCGACUCGUGGUGGGUUACAUGAAGGUUCGACAAGAGAGUUACAAGAUUCUAUUCGAUGGUGAGGAGGAGUGGAGCAAUUACAUAUCUAACAUGUACUGUAGUGGUUCGUGGGGUGAUGAGCUUUGCCUCAAUGCCGCGUGUCGGUGCUUCCGUGUGAAUAUUCAUGUCAUUACCAGCGCUGCCUCGGGGUGGCAUUUGGUGUUCCAGUGUGAUGAUUUGCAGGACUCUGCAACAGCGCCGUAUGGGGACUCCGGUCAAGGUAGGCUAUUCGAAACAGCAGGAUCGAUUUGCCUUUUUCUUAAUUACAUUGCGCCUGUGCACUACGACGACGUGCCGGUGUUCCGGUCGCAGGUUAUUUCAUUGAAUGCAAAGCUCACGGAGCAGCUCCAAUAUAUGCUGGCUGAGGAGGGCCGCUCGCGUAGCCGCAGGGAUGACGCGAGAAGGAGUGGAGCUGUCCGAGUCGGACAAUUACAAAGUUGUCCAUCAAUAGGGGGAGAAGGACAGCCACUUCAAAAACUUGAGGAGCAGGGACAACGUUGUGCAAAACAGCAGCUAGAAAGCGAUGAAAACAGUGCAUGUUGUGUGGAUGGAAAGGUGCAACAGCGAAUGGAUGCAAAACUACCACUACAGCUAAGUGGAGAGCAGCGACAGAAGACGGAUGAAAAAUACCUGACAGAUACGUGUAGGGAUCGACCGCGGUUAAUAAAUGAAGGAUCGCCUCGGCCAGCCACUGGACACCCUCAUCGGGCAUGCAACGAUCACACUGUUCGCCAGAUGAAUACACACAAGCAGUGGCGAACGGGUGAGGAAAUGUCACGGGAUGUGGAUGAGGGACGGUUGUGGUUGGCGAACUCGGAAACCCUAUCUCAAGGAACUGGGGACCGACAGAGAGGAAUGGGUGAGCACCCCAAGCGCCUCAUGAACGAAGAAAUUAUGCGCCAGGUGAAUGGGCAGCAGCAGCAGCAGUGGGUGAAUGAGGGGCACCGGCGACCACUGGAUGAAAAAUACCUGACAGAUACGUGUAGGGAUCGACCGCGGUUAAUGAAUGAAGGAUCGCCUCGGCCAGCCACUGGACACCCUCAUCGGGCAUGCAACGAUCACACUGUUCGUCAGAUGAACACACACAAGCAGUGGCGAACGAGUGAGGAAAUGUCACGGGAUGUGGAUGAGGGACGGUUGUGGCGAAUGAAUCCACUCUCACUGCAUCGGGGUGGUGAGGUUCAACAACCGGACCAUUCCAGAGAUCACCAGCCGCGCGCGCACGGGCUCCCGCAGCGAGCAGGCCGUCUGCAUGAUCCUCACACGCCCCGGGAGCAGUCGGUUAGUGGUCAGCAGCACCGGCAGUGGGUUUUGCCACCCCCUGCACCAGGCUGUAACAAUGAGUUCACAUUGCCCAUUCCCAGUCGCCCCAAUACCAUGCGUCAGUUUCGAGAGAGUAGGCCAUCAACGUUAUCUUCUGACUCGGCAGUAGCUUCCACGGGGUUAUUCCCUAGACCUAACGGACAGAACUGGCCACUGGGAGAUUUGCGAGGCCCUCAUUAG